GAUCACACUUAACUUGCUUUCCACUUUGUAUUCUCCUCUAUAUAUAUAUCCAUCUAUCCCACCUUCUUUGUUGCCUUCCAACUUAUUUCUUUAAUCCCUUUUUAAUCUUUCCCCACCUAAAUAUAAUUAUAUUAUUAAUUAAUGAUAAUUAAUAUGGGUAGUGAAGGUAGCAUAGAGUUCUUCCCUACCACUAAUAAGGCUCUUCAUUGUGACCCAAACCUUGAGAUUGCUUCCAUGGUGGAGCUUCUUAAUAGUAAUGCUAAUAAUGAGAAGAAGAGUGAUUUAUUUAGUGAUAAUGAUGGCUCUAAUUGGUUUGAGGAAGAAAUUGAUGUUGAUCUCAAAUGGUCCUUUGCUCUCAACGGGAUGCUACAUAGAGGAAAAAGUGAGUACCAAGACAUUGCUCUCUUGGACACAAAGAGGUUUGGAAAGGUGCUGGUGAUAGAUGGGAAGAUGCAGAGCGCAGAGAUGGAUGAGUUCAUCUAUCAUGAAUGCCUCAUUCAUCCUCCCCUCUUAUGCCAUCCUAACCCAAAAAGAGUGUUUAUAAUGGGAGGUGGUGAAGGAUCAGCAGCAAGGGAAGCACUUAGGCACAAAACCAUUGAGAAUGUGGUCAUGUGUGAUAUUGAUCAGGAGGUUGUUGACUUUUGCCGGAGACACCUAACCGCAAACUAUGAUGCAUUCCGUAACAAAAAGCUUAAUCUGGUCAUUAAUGAUGCCAAGGUUGAGCUAGAGAAGAAGGGAGAGAAAUAUGAUGUGAUAGUGGGAGAUUUGGCAGAUCCAGUGGAGGGAGGGCCUUGCUAUCAACUCUACACCAAAUCUUUCUAUCAAAAUGUUGUUAAGCCCAAGCUUAAUCAUCAUGGAAUCUUUGUUACUCAGGCGGGGCCCGCUGGAGUUUUCACCCACACCGAAGUGUUUUCAUCUAUCUACAACACGAUCAAACACGUUUUUAACCAUGUAGUUGCUUUCACAGCACAUGUCCCAUCCUUUGCAGAUACAUGGGGAUGGGUUAUGGCUUCAGACGAGCCAUUAUGCAUAGAUUCCGCGAAACUGGACGCGAGAAUUGCAGAGAGAGUUGAGGGGGAGCUCUUGUAUCUCAACGGCUCUUCGUUCUACAGUUCCACCAUCCUGAACAAGACCGUCGCAAACACGCUGAAGAAUGAGACGCAUGUGUACACCGAGGAGAACGCGAGGUUCAUUCCCGGGCACGGGUUGUUGGACUUCAAGAACUGAUCGAGGCGCGAGAUAUAUGUAUACAUGAGAUUUGGUGCGGAUACAUGGAGAAUGUACAUGACAUGGAUGACAAAUUAUCAAAAGAAAACAUCAAAAUUAAAGAAGAAGCAAAAAUAGAUAUGUGCUUAAUCGAGGGCUUAGUAUUGUUUUGUGUUCUACAGGUUUUUCCUCUUCUUUGUUUUUAAGACUUAAGUGAUGUUGUGUUACUUUGCAGUUUGAUUAAUGUUCAAGUACGUGGUUUCUUUAAUUUGUGAUUAGGGCAUAUGAAUGGUCUCUUUAAUGGUCAAAGUCCUUUCACUAAUCUUUGUUUAGUGUUUGACCUUGACCCCUUUAUUGCGUUUUGUACCCCCCAAAGAAAAUGUUUUAAAUAUUUGUUCAUGAAGUUAGUGUUUUAUUGAAAAAAUUUUCAUCUACAUU